AUGAGUAGUGGUAGCUCCACAGAUGUUAACUUGGGAGAAACCGUUUCCUUUUCAUUGGAUAUAACUAUAACUGGGAGCGGGACAAGCACUCAUACUGGUUACGCCGUUUUUCAAGUAUUCCUUUCUCUGGACAGUGCUGGCACCAGUCCAUUGUUUACCGAAACCGGCACUACGACAAUGCAGGGAAUCGAUUUAACAACUGUAUCUCCGGUUACUGUGACGGACAUUUCAGCAGAAAUUGACCUUAGUAGUGAGACGACGUGUACGUUCGCCUAUGUUUGUGUUGACAUGAACCCCGUACAAGGAACGUGGGUACUUGAUGCUGCUGCAAGUAACAACGUUGGCUGCACAUCCGUUAACUGUAUUCUGCCACCUGUAACGAUUUCGUCGGUCACAGUAACUUCGGACAGUUUAUCCUUCUCUGUUGGAGAGACCAAAACAUUGACAUUGAAUGUAACGCUUUCGUGCAGUUCCGGUGAGGUGACGGGAACUGAUCUAUAUCUCAUCAAUGUAUACAUGGCAACAGAUGAUGUUGGAUCAAACCCAUCAACCAAGGAAGAGGCGACAAUUGUAAAUAAUGACCAGACGCUCUCAGUUACUACAGAUGCCGAACUGACAGGUGUGUUGGUUACCUUGACAACAGAUUGUACUUCCUUUAGCCAUGUGUGUGUAGACGUCGGACCUAGUGCUUCUGCCACAUGGCAACUUGACGCAGGAGGCACUGGAUGUGUUGCUAUAGCAACGUGUAUAGAUCCAGUUCUUAUAUCUCAAGUCUCGGUCACGUUGGACAGUAGUGACGUCACUAUUCAGCUGGGAGCAAGUAAUAUCGUAACAGUGGACAUCACACUAACGUCGUCAUCUGGUGAUGACAUCACGGGUGUUGACCUUUAUAAAGCAAUGGGAUAUUUGGCGUCUGGUGUCUCAGGCGACAACCCGCAACCACCGAACAAGGUAGAAGGGACGAUACCAGACAACAGUGUAACAUUGACAUCAAGUACUUCUGCUACGUUAUCUGGGAUAGUUUUUGAUUUUAACUUCAACGGAUUGUCAAGUUGCGAUGUUGAUGAAUCCAAUAUUUACGACAAUAUUUGUGUAGAUGUGAGCCCAAGUGAUUCGGCUAGUUGGAUGUUACGGAGCAAUAGUAAUAACAUGGGUUGUGUAACUGUGACCUGUCAGGGAGUUGUAACUACAGUGGGAACGGUUGUUGUUUUUCAAACUACACUGAGCGUUGCAGUUCCUUUAGUGGUACAGGAGUUCAGUAUUAUGUACGACCAAAACAAAAUCGACGUUGUACACAGUGACGUGGUGCUAACAAUCAUGGUAGAUGUAACGAUCGCAUCGUCACCUAUAUCAAACGGAAUACAUGGAGAUAAAAACUGGAAAAUUGAUAUCUUUGCAGCAGAGACGGAAACUGGGCUGAAUGCUACGGAAUCUUUGCCGGUUACAUUAAAUAGUGAAGAAAUAUCUUAUGAUCUAAACCCUGGGGAAAAUGUGAUCUUCGAAGACGUCACAGUGACACUGCCUUUGACUAGCUGUGUGGGUACUGUCUACGCAUGCGUUAAAGUUGAGCCUCACGUCGAAGCUGAUUGGACCUUAGAUAUUGAAAACGCCGUUAAUAUCAAGUGUGAGCCAAUAGAAUGUUCACCUGCAGGGGCACCAACCACACACAACAUUACAACACAGCUAGUAUCCGCUGCUGAGACCACAGAGAAAAGUGUUCCAGCCACAAUUACGACAUAUGUUGUGUUGCCUGAUUCUUCUGACACUGUAUCUACUCAAAUAUUGACAUCGCAGUCCUUAUUCACCACUGACGUAACUGUGACUGAUACAGUGAUACGUUCUACAAGCAACCAAAAGCCAACCACUGGGUUAUCAACAGCCACUGGGUUCUCAACAGCCACUGAGUUCUCAACAGAAAACUUACCUAGCGUCUCCUAUGGGACAACUUCAGCUGCAACAUCAACUCAACGUCAACAUCAACAAGAUGAUGCUAGUUUUUCACACAGGUCAAUAUCAUAUUCGACAGGUGGUUGUGAGGAUGCUGGUGACCUUUGUUCGCUCGACCGUUACUGCCUCAAUGACGUCAGUGGAUAUACGUGUGAAUGUAAGCCCAGCUACUAUGAUAUAAAUGGCACGUGCACAGAUGCAGACACAUACAUCUGUGACUUGAGAAUUCUGGAAAUUGCUGGCGAUACGGCUACAUAUUUGGAGGAGCUGAAUAAUCCUACAUCCUCACUCUUCAAACACACGUCAACACAAAUUGAAAACGCGAUGGAUGCUGUUUUUCACAACUCGAGUGAUUAUUAUGGACUCGAUGUGCUAGGAUUCUCCUCUGGGAGUAUUAGAGCCAGGUUUGUUUUGUACUUCUCAUCCACUUCGUCAACCACGAUGGAAGAUGUAAAAACUAAAUUACAGAGUGAAGUAAAAAAUGGGAAUGGAAUGGUUGGUGGGUUGACCAUUGACAUAGACGCAACUAUUGUUGAAGAUUACAACGAUACUGCUUGUGAUAAUCGUCAUGGGAACGACUGCUCCGACAACGCCGACUGUAUUGAUCUAGCUAACGGCGAUUUUACGUGUGACUGCCUGGAGGGGUAUGAUGAUGUUUCGACGGCGAGGUUAUCUAGACCAGGACGACAAUGCGACCUGAUCACAGAACAUACCGUUUAUUUUCUUGCACUGGCUGUUUCCAUGGGAACCACGGCAGGCAUGAUUUUCGUCUGCAUCACGGCGUUUCUGAUUUAUUUAAAAAAAGCAAGAGAAUUUAACGACUCGAUAAAAUGGUCAAGAUUGCGACAAGAACAUCCAAAAAUAAAUUCUAGCAUAGCAAUAAAUCCUGCGUUUAUCCCAGAUACUGGCAUUGAAAUUCACAAGAUAAAUGGACCAAUACGAAAGUGGUCUGAUUCAUACAAAGAUUCACGUUUACAGAACCAACGUACGUCAUAUCCAGAGGACACGAAGUUAGACAGACUCGUUAAUGAGCAACCCGUUGUCGCCGUGAACAACAAUCAAGUAACACCACGGUCGUUCGGAAAACCAAAGGUCCCCCCAAAACCGUCUCGAAAACCGCCCAACUUCACGUCACGUCCACUCACAAUGCAAAACCCAAUCCCAUUAGGUUCAACUAGAGAUCCGAAAAAAAUACCAUUCCAUCAAGUUAGACACUCGAACAAGAUGCCAUCGCUAGCAGAGGGGUUCACUCUACCACAUAUACACAUUGUUAGACACCACAGAACAGCAAGUAUGCCAAACCAAACAACCGCUAGCCUACCAUCAAAAACCCAAGAGGGCGCGCACACUGGACACAGGGAAGGCGAUGUAUUCCGAAUUCCAAGAGCCAGGUUCUUUUCACUGGAUGCGUCUCAUAUCUAAACAACUGUAAAUUAAAUUGUUAUGUUAUAUUUUAAUGUAAAACUACAGAUAACCAGCUUAUAAUCGUUGAAACCAUACGACUGAGUCCACUGCCACGACAUAGUAUUUAAGUACAAAGCCCGACAAAGCAGCGUCGACGUUUAGUUGCAAUUCGCCAACCGCGAUGGACACUAAAUAUUACAUGGGCACUAAAUAUUACAAGCCGUUUUCAAUUAUAUAAUUUAUGUCUACAUUUUGCAACAGAAUAUCCCACGGUGUUGUCUAUUUUCAGCAACACCUAUUCCUCGAAAGUCUGUUAUUUAUACCACUGCCAAUAUUGCGUACAUCCAAAUA